AUGCGACUAAAGUUGACAUGGCUCUACUCCCGUAUCUCAGCACUGGGCAUUAUCUCAUGUACGUUGUUCAUAGUCCUUGCCAUUCACUUAUCGUUUGAACCUCGAGAGAACACUCCAUUAGUCGGCCACACUGCACGCGAUCGUGAGGCUACGCAUUUCGACAAUUAUAUCUUGUCUGAUGUGCCUGACAAUAUUUUUUGGUUCAUGCAGAUUACUGAUUUGCACCUCAGCGAGCGUCAGGACCUUUCACGAGUGCGGGACUUCAUCAGCUUUUUUACUGAAACUGUUACUGUAAUCCAACCAGAACUUGUUGCCAUCUCAGGUGACCUGACUGACGCAAGAUCCAACGUUCAUAUUCGCUCUAGGCAAUCUCUAUCCGAAUGGAAGUCGUAUCAUUCUGCAAUACUUUCAUCGGGCGUCUUAAAUAUAACAAGGAUUUUUGAUAUUCGAGGCAACCAUGACAUGUUCGGGGUUCUCCAUGUCAAUCAUACUUCCGACUAUUUCAGUCGGUUUGGUGUUCGAGGAAGGGAGCAUGCCGGUUCGCAUUUUUUCAAAAUCAUCAAACCGUUUGGAACUUAUUCCUUCAUCCUUUUGGACGCCUGCCCAACUGUUGGCGUGCACUUCCCCCUGAACUUUUUCGGCCAACUGAAACCUGCUGAGGAAACUCACGUAAUAAAACUUGCACUGCACACAGAAGGGAGUAACCAUACGUUCUGGAUUGGCCAUUAUCCCACAUCGACCAUUCGGUCAUCUCAGUUGGAUGUGCGAGCUCUUCUUGGACGCAGCGCCUACGCUUACCUCUGUGGUCAUCUGCAUACGAUUGGACGCCUGAUAACCAAGAUGUACACCCUCCAGCCACAAGGCUUCUUGGAGCUAGAACUGGGCGACUGGCGUGAUGGACGAUACUAUCGCGUGGUGGUCGUCGACAAUGAUUUGGUUUCGUUUGUCGAUGUUCAGCUGUCCAGUCGUGCGACGUCUUUCGCCCCAGAGUGGCCCGUGUUUGUUGUGACCAACCCCAAGAAUUCCAACUUCCUGCUCCCUCAUAAGGAACCCGUGUCCAGAAUUACACAUUCUACGCAUAUACGCAUUGUCGCAUGGUCCAACUCCCAAAUCACUCACGUAUCCAUCAAGAUCGACAAUCGGUUUAUUGGUAAUGCGACACAUAGCGUAGCCAAUACUCUUAACGGUCGCCGAAAUGUCCUCUUCACGUUACCAUGGAAUGUGAGCGAGUGGAUGGACAGUUCUUCGCAUACAAUUCAAGUAUCAGUGUCUGAUGCAUCGGGGAACACCAAGACCAGUUCGCAUCCGUUUGUUAUAAAUGGUGAUCCUACGUGGGAUUUUUCUUACGCUGCGAAUUUCGUUCUUCACGCUGAUCACACCUACAAUCUGCGAGUUCUAUUCUACCUACUGGUUGUGGGACUGAUAUGCAUCUUCUCAAUUCCGAGGUGUAUUCCAAGAAGAUUACUGGCACGCGCUACAUACGCCCCUCGGUUUGUUCGUGGUCUCCUCCGCUUCUCGCAAUGUGGUUCGCUGUCCACACUCGUGCUUCUCUACUUUGCGUACACCGUCACCGGUCCAAUCUUUGCUGGAUACUUGGUUGAUUCAACACUGGGUGUCGUUUUCAGCUUCGGUAUAUUCGUCGCCGGUUCUUUUCUCCAAGAGUCAUUGACAUAUUUGUAUGAAAUAGUUCAGGGGUGUGAACAGCCAGCGACGACACAACGGUUUUUGACACCGGGGAAGUUGGCGAUCCAUGGAUAUCUCUUUUGAACUAGUGCAGGCGCUACUCGAGCAGCAGCAGAUGCAAUCCUAAAACUCGCAGCGGCAGCUCAUCGAGUUGUUAUCCCAAAAGCUGAACAUUCAGGCCGAAUCUCCAGAACCGGCAUCAUCACCUUCCGUGGACUAUUUCGGC